AUGUAUCGUGGAUAUUAUAAGAAUUCUGUCCUAAUUCCCGACUACGGCACGAUAAACCAACACAAGGUUUUCAAUGGUAUGUUUACACUGUUUGAUUCUUUGCUAGAUUUAGACGUCUUUUCGAUAAGAAAGUUGUGUUAGGUUAGGCAAAGAGCGCACUAAAGAUCCGUCCUUAAGAAAUACGUUCUUCGAAAUGGGGAAUAGGGACACCAGCGUAAAAGGGAACGGAGUGUAAUGAGUUGAUGUAUUUGUAAAUGUAAUCUCUUUUUAUUCCCAUUGGGGGCGUUUUCUUAUUUCCUUGGCCAAAAAGAGAGAGUAAUUCUCAGGGCUUGAGAAUUUCGCUGGUCAAACUGGGUCAAAAAAUUUUAGGAAGAAAAUAUACAUAGUAAUGUUGAAAUCGAUUGCAAAAGUCGUAAAAAAUCAGAGCUAAAACAGAAGUUCCAAUUGGUCUCGCGAAUCCCAAAACUUUGAGCAUUCUGAGCCACUGGAUUGACCAGCCGUGAGCCCGUUCAUCCCCUUCGGCAUCGUCUUUCGAAAGCCUCAUUUAACGUCACACACUCUUUUUUCUCUUGUUUAGAUACGGAGGGAUAAAGUAUAUAUAAUCCCGAACGUUCUGUUUAUUGUUUAAAUUAAUUAACCCCCUUUUUAAGAUUAUAUCAUCCCCCUUAUCAGGCCAUGUUAUCCAUGUCCCGUCUCUCCUCUCCCCUUCUUCACUUAUUUAAUCCAAAUCUCUUGGGGGCCUGGUCGCUUGUGAUAAAAUAACAAACCUUCAAGUGGAGCCAGACAUCUCUGGGCCAACGUACUUCCUUGGGCCUCAAAACUCUUUCCAACUUGCUCUCCUUGGAGGGCAUUUAAAAUUGUUUUUCUUUUUCCCAUCCCUGGAAUUUGCUGGAGUUCGGUAAAACGAACCCUAAAUAGGAACAAGAGUCCUUUGUAUUGUAGUUCUUUGCACUGUUUUAUAUAGUUUUGUAGUAAAAGAAUCAAAAGUGAGAGGGGGGACUCUAAGGGUGAAAGAAAGAAACCGUUGGUCCUUGGCUGGGUUGGGCCGGCUCAUUAUUUCGUUUUGAUUUAGAUUCCUUUUAAGUUAAUUUUCUUUUUAAUCUGAAAAGCUUCUUUCACAAAAAGCUGCUUGCCUACUUUUUCGGUUAUUUUUGUGUUUCCAUAAAGUGCAUAGACCUCUUUGCCAAGUUUUGUCGCCAACAAAUUUUGCUUUUUUUUCCAAACUUUGGCAUCGUAAGAAUGCUUCUGUGGGCUUCAGCAAGCUCACAGCGACAGUGCGAAAGGUUAAUGCACUGUGCGGAAAGCUUAGGGACGAAGAGUCUACGCACUUUCUGAAAACACUGAAUAAUCGCUUUCGAGCACUUUUUAAAGUUGCUCUUCGAGCUUGGCAAACCCUCCCAUUGUCAUGGUUUUGUGCUGAACCCAGAAUGUCCACAAGACCCUACGAUGACAAAAAAAUGCAUUUUAAAUUGCAAAACUUCGGUUUGCGUCAUUUUUUCUUGUGUAUUUACCCGCUUAAACCACUCGCGGCCUUGUUACAAUCAACUUUUUUCCCUAUUGUUUAUCUACUUUUGUAACUCUUGGCCAUGGAAAGGGCCCUCUUCGUUUCGUUCUCCCAGCCCCCUGACCCUGUCUUAAAGCGGGCCCCGACUUCCAAGCGGGGAAUCAGAAGGGUGCGCGACUUUUUUUUCUUUUUUUUAAUUUUUGAAAAUACUUUUUGCUGUUUGAGAAAACAACUCGCCCCGGCGUUAAUACAAUUUUCGCUCUCCAUUUCGCAUUUUUUUUUACAAUUUAAUGACCGUGAAACUCAUCGAAGAGGCAUAAAAAUUAUUUUUUUUCAGUCCAACCCUCUGUCUCGCCCAGAGCCCACAACCACACAAUGGCUAAGGGUGAAAAUAAUGGUAAACUCAACGAGGAGAAUAAUGCCGUAAGUUGAUUUGUCAUGUUUGGCGGGAAUUUUAAAAUUCGAAUUUUUUGCGAUGGCUAAGGUUAAAAUAAUGUCAUAUCCUGAUUUUCACGUUGAUAUCCGUCAUAAAAUUCUCUGAAGUUUAUGCCGAAUUUUCCUGAUAACUUUCCCAGCCCUAAAAUUUACUCUUGUCUCGAUUUUCUGAAUUUUGGCAUUCUGUUGCAAGCAGUUUCUACCUGCAAAAAAAUUGCAAAUCAUUUUUGACAACCGUCAGUUACAAUUUUAACCAAUUUACAAGCUUUCAUCCUUCCAUAUGAUAUUUAUUACGCGAAUAAUAUUACUUUGACUAUCUAAAUGGUAAGACGCAGUAAUAGUAUACAUCUGUCAGUAAGGAAUGCUAAAGGGUCUUAUCACCCUAAUAAAGUUGAAGAACAAGCUAUGGCUGAGACCGAACGUUACGUAAGUUAUUUAAAUUUUCGUAGUUUUAUCCGGUUUUUCGGAUAUUACAGUUGUCAAAUUUUAGGUAUCUAAUAUUUUAUUUCUGAUAUUUACGCCUGGAUUUUGAUAUCUUCUAGACGUUCUUAACUUUUCCAAGCUGUAUUUCGCCUCUAAUCCCUUGAACGAAGCUUAAUUUUGCCGGAUUUUUGACUUUUCUCUCGUCUUUUCUCAUUUUUGCCAUGAAUAAUAUAAAUGUCUGGCGAAACAGAGGAUUUUCAUGCGGAUAUCACGUGACAGAGUGGGAUAAAGGAAUUUUUAGUUGAUUUCAAGAAAAGAAGGUUCUAAUUUUUUGGUGAUUUCAUAGAAAUUUUUCUUGGAUGUUAUACAAGACAAGCGUUCGAAAAAUUUAAAAAAAAAUAUUAAAAUUUUUAUUGCUUUUGUUUUUAAUGAGUCAUGUUUUUCAGUUAAUGAAUGGCCGAGCCAAAAAGCCGGAGCAGAACAACUUCUCGAGCUUCAUUUACAACAAGAAUGAGGGGACUUGCUUGGGUCGAACCGCGAAAUCCUGGUGUAAGUCCAAUUUCCAAUGUUUGUUCUUCGACUUUUCUUGGCGGAACAUACGUUUGCUGUCUGUCUUGAACUUUUUCGAUUAUAAUCUUGUAGAUUGAGAUUAAUUUUUAUUCUCUUAGGCCCUUCUGUAAUAUUUUUUUGGGUCUAAAAUUAGUUUGAUUAUUGACUUGCUAGACUUUUUUCUUUGUGUUCCUUUAGAUCGUUAUCAGUGUAGACAGUCGCUGAGCUGUUUGUUGAGGUAUCGGAAAGAUCUUUGUGUUCCAUUGAGGAGGAAUAACAACGUUUUUUUGAUGGGAAAACACUUCUCCUAGAUAAGAUGGGGCUGAGUUUUCUUAUCAGCAAAAAUUUGUGCUUAUAAAUUCCUUGCAAAUCAACGCCAGGAUUAAUUUUACGAAUAUUUUUCAGGUCAAAUAACUAUUUUCUACAUUAUUUUCUAUGCAAUUUUGGCUGCUUUUUGGAUCGGAUGCCUUUACAUUUUCCUCUCGACAACAGAUCCCCAGCUACCUCGCUUCUACGGGAAGGGUACUAUCAUCGGCGCUAACCCGGGUAGGUUUCAGGUCAAUUUUUGAUAUUUCGCGGGGAGUUGUGGGCGAAAGUUUCAGUCGUGACGGUAGUCGGGUCAGGGAGCGGUUGCUCCGCGGUCGACGUUGUGGGGGAUACGGUAGAAAAAUUGAAAUGGUUUGAGCUUUUAAAGGUGGUUUUGAAAGUUUUGGGCUGUAAUUUUUGAGGUGUUUAUAGUGUAAUUGAUGAUUAUGGAUAUUUAUUUUUCAAAAUUUUUUAUGCUUAAAACUGAUGUCAUCACUUGAUUCUAAGCUUUAUUUUAAUUUUUGAAGAUAUUUCUUUUGGGUUUGUGCUCUUACAAAUGUUUUUUUACAACCAGAUUCUUCAUUUUUACCCCAUUUUUACAAAAAUUUGCUCUUUUUUCUCCAAAAAUGGAGUUUUUUCUCCAAAGUUGCAUCUUCAACGACCCACUUCUUCUUCCAGAAACUUUUUUGCGACUGUAAAUUCUAAUAUUUCCCCUUAUUUUGCCUUAAUUUAAAUGAUUUGGGAAUAACCGGGCGCUGAAAGCAGAGUUUUCCCGAUUGGUCGUCCUUUGAUAUUCCCCUUUGCCCCGCUUUGAGAGCUCAUUGCGUCUGAAAUUGACCGCUCAAAUAUGAAUUAAUCACUGUUUCGAGCCCAAAAGUUUAUAUUCAGAUUCGGAGAUCUGUCCAAUUCAUUGUGAGCAGUGUCGCUGACUCGAUUUGGAGUGUUUUUCUGGCUGUUUCAAAGGUCGGACUGUCUGGAAAAGACUAUUUUUUUGGGCAAUUCCUUGCGUUUUUCGUUCCAAAAAUGCUUUCAAAAGAGGGAAAAACGAUUAUAACACUAAUCGGGAAUGACAGAAGUGGAGAAUCGGAAGCGUCUGAUGCCCUGUUUUUUGCUCGCCUUUAAUAAUUACCACGCCAGGGUAAAUAAAAACAAAUCUCCGGGCCGGAAGUAUCAGAAGAAAAUUAAUGGUGCAGGUUGAUGAGAGAGGGAGUACUGUAGGAACAAGAGUGAUGUCAGAGAGACUUUUUUUUACAUAGACAUUGAUAGCCAAGCCAAAAUCCAAUGGGAUAUAGUUUUUUAUAUUUUGUAGACGUUUUUUUGAACAUAAACAUCAAUACAAUGAAAAAAUGACCUUAUUAAAGGUUAUUUCUGCGGUUUUUUUUUGAAGAAAUGACCGAUAGAACAUGCUUGGGAACUGAUGUAGCGUAAUAUGGAAAUAAUUUGGCAAACGAAACUUUAAACAAAACCAAGAAAAAACUGAUUACAAUAUAUUUACAAUAUUUUAUAUUGUCUAUGGCCCAAUAUCUUCAGGUGUCGGCUACCAGCCCUGGCUGAAAGAAGACCCCGAGUCGACGUUGAUCAAGUUCAACCCGAAGGACCCGAAGACCUACAAACGAUACGUGGAGGUGUUGGACAAGUACUUUGCCAAGUACGAGAAUGAUAACAACACCCGUGUGUGCUCGGGCAGCGAGUCCAACUCGGACAUCAUCAAGGACGGGAAGGUGGUCGACGCCAACAUGCAGCCCUGCCGUUUCGAUCUCUCGCCCUUCCAGAAGGCCGGCUGUUUGAAGAGCAAUGACUACGGAUUCAAGACCGGCACUCCGUGUGUCGUCCUGUCCUUGAAUCGUCUGAUCGGAUGGGUUCCAGAGGACUUUGCAGCUGGCGAUGUCCCCAAGGAGGUCAGCAAGAGAUACAGGGCCAAGAACAUUGCCUUCCACUGCGCGGGAACGGUAAGCAAUUCGAAGCUAAUAAUUUUUUAUUUUGAUUUUAGUGUCUAGUAUAAUAUAAAGUGAUAAAUUAAUUUUUAUUUAUUUUCAGCACAAGCACGAUCAAGAACACGAAGGACCAAUUGAAUACGUCCCUCCAGAGGGAAUCGAUGGCCGUUUCUACCCAUACGCUGUGAUGGACAACUACCAACAGCCAAUUGUAAGUUAAUUUCUAUUAUUGUUUGUUGGUUUAGGUAGUCAAAAAUUGAAAACAGGAUGUUUAUUGACGGCUGUUUGGGUUGUCUUAGUUCUAGAUGAAUAUGAAGUAUUUUAAUAGCGAUUGUGGAGUCUGUAUUUAACAUUUUUCUUGUUUUCAGACCGUUGUCAAGUUCAAGAAGCUGCCAUUGAACCGUUUGGUGAUGAUCGAGUGCAAGGCGUACGCCAAGAACAUCGAGAGGGAUCGAAUCAGCGGUCUGGGCGUGGUGAACUUUGAAUUAUUCAAGGUGGACGACGCCGCCAAGAAGGAGAAGGAGCUCUAG